AAUGCGGGAAGUCACAGCUGAAGUUUGUUAGAGAGCUCCAGGGCGGCAGCGAGUGCAGCACGCGAGACCGAUGAGCCUGCAUGAGGAGCCAGUCAUUCCGCCAACAUGGACAAGUAUGAGAAGGUGAAGCAGAUAGGGGAGGGCUCAUUUGGAAAGGCCAUCCUGGUCAAAUCCAAGCUGGAUGGACACCAAUAUGUCAUCAAAGAGAUUAGCAUAUCUGCAAUGUCAAGUAAGGAGAGACGAGAAUCCACCAAAGAAGUAGCAGUUCUUGCCAAUAUGAGUCAUCCCAACAUUGUGCAGUAUAAGGAGUCUUUUGAAGAGGCUGGCUGUCUCUAUAUUGUCAUGGACUACUGUGAGGGUGGAGACUUGUUCAGAAAGAUUAACUCUCAGGAAGGAGUGCUUUUUCAGGAGGAACAGAUCCUGGACUGGUUCGUGCAGAUUUGCCUGGCACUGAAACAUGUUCACGAUCGGAAGAUCCUCCACAGGGACAUAAAAUCGCAGAAUAUAUUUCUGACAAGAGAUGGGACUGUGCAGCUUGGAGAUUUUGGGAUUGCAAGGGUGUUGAACAGCACUGUAGAAUUUGCAAGAACCUGUAUAGGGACACCAUAUUACUUGUCACCAGAGAUCUGUGAAAAUAAACCAUACAACAAUAAAAGCGAUAUCUGGGCCCUAGGGUGUGUCCUGUAUGAAAUGUGCACUCUUAAGCAUGCUUUUGAAGCUGGCAAUAUGAAGAACUUGGUCCUCAAGAUAAUUUGUGGCUCGUACCCUCCCGUCUCCACACACUACUCCCAGGACCUGCGUGCUCUCUUGAGGCAGGUGUUCAAACGUAACCCUCGAGAGCGGCCUUCAGUCAACGCCAUACUGGCCAAGCCUUUCCUCUCCUGGCGAAUAAAGAAGUUUCUCCCUCCACAGGUCAUUGCUCAGGAAUUUCGCCAUUCUUUUCUUCACAAGCAGCCUAAAGGGGUUGUGGCCCAGGUGCCCUCAGCCCAGAAGAUUACAAAACCAGCCAGCAAAUAUGGAGUGCCUUUGACUGCAAGGAAGGUGUCAGACGGAGCCAAAAAGCCUGCAGCAAGGAAACCAGCUGUCACACAUAAACCGGCCCCUCUCCCAGCAUCCCCACAGAGGAGAGUCAGUCAAGUGGCGGAAGAGAAGAAAAAACUUGAGAUUAAUAGAAUUAACCAAGCCAGAGAACAAGGCUGGAAGCACGUCUUGAGUUCUAGUGGAGGUAGCAGCCCAGAGAAGAAGUGUUUGGUGGGCGGCAGAAAGGGUCCUGCAGGUGUCGGCCCCUCUCUCCAAGCCCCCAUUCCAGCACCCGUGGUGAGCAAACGCCCUUACGAACACUACCACUCUGCUCUGGACCAAAUGGCGAAACCGCAACCUAAAGAAAUCAGCAGGGAAUUCCCCUGUCCAGGACCGCGGAAUUCCACCAGGGGCAUACCAGCCGGCGCCGGCACAGUGGCUCCCAUCAACCGUGCCCAAGGCCUUAAACACAGCUCUUUUAGAGCGGUGCAGAGGCGUGUUGAGGCCCAACGAGCCCAGAAUAGGCUCCACGGUCAGGUUGAGGAGUUUUUACAGCGGAAGAGAGAGGCCCAGCUCAACAAAGUCCGUGCUGAGGGACAGCUGGGAACCCGGCAAAACCUGGCUGUAAUCAAUGGAAGCCGGGCUGGUGUGGGUCGCUUCAGGAGGCCUAAAGUCAACAGGGAAGAGGAGGAGUAUCUGGCAAGACUGAGGCAGAUUCGCUUGCAGAACUUCAAUGAGCAUCAGCGGAUCAAAGCUCGACUGCGAGGAGAAAAGUAUGAUAGUGACGGUUCUGACAGCCAGUGUUCUAGCGAGGAGGUAGAACUCAGGAAGAAGAAGCUACAAGCUCUGAAAGCACAGGCGAACACUCGUGCAGCAGUACUGAAAGAACAACUUGAGAAAAAGAGAAGAGAAGCUACUGAGAGCGUAAAGAAAGCUUGGGGGGUUCGUCUGUCGGUCCGGGGUGAUAAGGCAGCAGCAUGUAGUGCAGUGGCGUCAGUAGCAGCAUCGUCUACCUCUGAAAGUCCUCUUCCUGAGCCCAGACCCUCUCAGCCAGACCCAGCUGCCAAAGCCCUGGAUUUGCCUGCAUCCACACCCUCCGCCCCUGCCGUAUCUUUGACUGUUGCACUGAAGAACCUUGAAGCUAGUACUCUUCAGGAAAACCAUCCUAAACCAGAGGUGGCUACAGAAAUCCAGAGUGUGGGGAACAUAUUUCUGCACCGGUUAAACCAGAGAAUCAAAGCCCGGUGCGCCUCGGAAGAAGCGGAAGAUUUUCAUCUGGCCACAGCAGAACCGGGGCCAGCUCCCCAGCAGCCUGACACAGAGAAACGCCCUCCUUCAAAUGGAGACCGGAGGAAAUGGGAAGCAGCAGAGCUUCCCGUGCUCCCUGUGGGUCAAACCAUAACGAUGACGUGUUCAGCAUCCACCACUUCAGUGUCUCCUGAAGACCUGCCGUGCUCCGGAGGUGACAGGAGGAAGUGGGAGGCAGGAGAUCCAUUAGUUCUCUCUGUAGCCCAGCAAACCUUGGAGGACACGUGCUUCAGGACCAUCGAACAAACAGCGGGUGAAGUUAUUCAGAUGGGCGACCUACAUGAAGAACCUCAAGGAGAGUUUCACGUGCCGCUCACACAGCAGCUCAAAAACCUUGAGGAAGCAAGACUUCGGCCUCUCAAACAGCAGCUGCAGAGCACCUUCACACUGCCAGCUAAGCCCAGCCAGCUUACAGGAACUGGUGACCAGCUGAAGAUCCCUGGAGGGGUGUUGACUUCUGCUGCUGAUCCCACGCCUGUCGCUGAAAAGGAAGGGACACAUCAGAAAAUGUGUGUAGCUGGUGCUGCACAAGCGACGGCGCUGCCACCUAAACUUGCUGAGAGUCACGACCAAGCGGACAUCGAAUCGGUGCAUUUGGAGGAGAUUCCCAAAAAGGCUUCACUUCCCCCAGCUGGUGUGCAACAGGCGUGGGAACAGGAAGCCCACCAGCAAACACCACCAGGGGGCGCUGAAAGACCAACAGGUAGUAAGGACCUGACUGCAAAUGCAGAGAAGUCAGCUGAAUCAUCUGGUUUAGCCCAGUAUGAGGAGCCACUUUUUAUGAAGCUGUGUUCCCCGGCCCACAGACGCACUGCUGCCCUUGCAGUUCUCUCAGCCCAGUCCUCCAUGGAUGACUCCUCAUCCUCUCUGGCCUUUCGCUCGCGCUCCAUCUCACCUCUGCGCUCCAAGCACCAGAAUGACCUCCUCUUCGGCCUCUCUGCCAGCAUGUUCGAUGCCAACAACCCCAAGAUGCUGCAGACGUGUUCUCUGCCAGACCUCAGUUCUCUCUUCAGCUCUCAGCACGAUGCAGCCGUGGCGAGUGAGGCCAACGCUGCUCCGGACAACCACCUGGAAAUCGAAGACUUUGAGGAAGCAGAUAAAGAUUAUGAUCAGUCGGAGACUGAAGAUGGUUAUGAGGAUGAAGACCUGCAGGACAUGAGAUCGUCCAUGGAGAGACUGCUGCAAGAGGACGACAACAUGAUGAGGGGCCCGCUGGAGGUCGGCACUGGAGACUUCAACGGAAACCCUGCAGAGAGCGCAGAGCAAGACGUAUUCGACAGCAAUCAGAUGGUUGUUGAUGAAGUAGAAGAGGAUGAGGAUGAGGAGGAGGAGGAGGAGGAGGAGGAUGAUGAUGAUGCUGAUGCUGAGGAGGAAGAGGAAGAAGAAUUAGGUGAUGAUGAGGAUGAUGACUAUUUUGAAGAAUGUUCAAAUGGAAGUCCUGCUGAUGAGGAGGCGCUUACCAAUGGCGUGGGAGAGGAGCAGCACAGCGAUAACAGUCAUUUCAAUGAAGAGUGGCAUUCAGAUGACAGCGGGGAGGACCAGGGCGGAGAGGCGCAGCAUUAUGACAGCAUCUUCAGUCGACUGGAAGAGCUUCGCUUUAAUCUGGAGCAGCAGAUGGGCUUUGAAAAGUUCAUUGAAGCUUACAAUAAGAUUAAGGCUAUCCACGAGGACGAAGAUGAGAACAUCGAUCUGGGAUCCAGUUUGGUCUCGAGUAUCCUGGGAACUGAGCACCAGCAUCUGUAUCCCAACAUCCUGCACCUUGUGAUGGCAGACGGAGCGUAUCAAGAAGAUAAUGAGUAAUGCCCUGUGCAGUGGGGCUGCUGGCGGCGACGACAAUCUGCUCGCUAUCCGAUGUCUUCCCGCGAUGUGCAUCAUACGCAGAAGGGUCUAUGCAUGAAAUGUCGAAGCCACACCAUGUGACAGUGUUUCAGGCACACUUGCAUGAUGUAUCUAAUAGUACAUUUGAGACUGUGUUUCGUACUUCGGCUCUUGGCUCGAAAUGCUAUUUUAUAACCAGUGUUAGUUCUGAAAUGCAUUAUCGAAUGCGUGGCAUUAUUAACCAAAGUUAACUUCAAGGUCUGUGCUGUGUGUCUCCCAUGUUUUCUCCUUGUCGUAGUUUCAGUUGGGCUCUUCGCAGGCGAUUGUUUUUGUUGGAUAAGGAUCUUGUCCUCUCAGGUGCUCUAUUUCUCUCCCACACUCAUCAUGACUUCAGAUCUGACUUUAUACAGAUUCACUAAAAGCCAGUGAAACCUCCUUUUUUAUAUAUAUAUUAAAAAAAAAAACAACAGAUCUCACCAAAUGACAAGUUUAAACAUUUUCUGAAAGGUUUUC